GUGUUAAUCCGAAUUAUGGAUCAAUGUCUGUCAUGGGAAGACAAAGAUUAAUGGGUGAUGCUGUGAGGAUGUUGCCUGGACUAGUUUACACAAAAGAAAAUCAUGAGUUCUCGUUUUAUGCUAUUUUUCAUAGCGAAGGAAGUGGAAAGGCAGCAACUUUUUGGAGGGAUGUUUUACAUUUGAUGUUACUAAAGCGGUUGGAGAAGGAGAAACCAAACAAUCGAGGUGGGAUAGAUUGGGUGAAAGUGAUGAAAGACUGUUUUGCUGAGAUGGAGUAUGGGGAAGAAUGUAUGAGUCCUUCUAGAAGGAGGGAUGAUGUUGAAGGGAUGGUUGUUGUUGUGACUGAUAAGGAAGUGAUUUUGUCUGUCAAAGGUGAUUCAAAAGCUGUUCUUUUUCGAGGUGAUAGUGCUCUGUUUUUGUCCCAUGCUAGCGAGGCUGACAGGGUUGAUAAAAGACAGAGGAACAGUUACUAUCACAAUCCAUAUAUUCCAUGUAGAGAAUCAAUUCCAGAAGUAAUCAUGGAAAACAGAACACUUGAAGAUGAAUUUCUGAUCAUAGCAAGCAACGGUUUAUGGGAAGUCAUCAGUGAUGAAACAGCAUACGACAUCACAAGAACAUGUCUCAUAGGUUACACAAGGGACCACAAAUUCCAGGAAGAAGGAUGGGCAGCAGAGGCAGCUGGUUUGCUAGCAGAGUUAGCCAUGGCUAAAGGUGGUCAAGACAACAUGAGUAUCAUCGUGGUUCAUCUCAAGACAGUCUAAUAAUAAUAAUAUCAAUAUCUAGUACUAAAAGCUUUCAAUAAGAUGUUGCAAUCAAUAAAACCAUAUGUAAAAUAUAUCAAACUUUGCUUGUACUAUGUAAAAUAAAGAUCACCAGUUUUAUCAUCACACUCAAAACACUUGUUUAAUAAUAAUCGCCCAGAGGUUUCUUCACUUCUAGACGACGAUUCACAUAUGGAAAUUAUCGAAAGUAGGAGGAGAAAGAGGAUGAGCACUCUUCUUAAAUCAUCUCUUCACUCCUUUCUCCCCACCCAUAUAAUAACUUCAAUCAUAUUCUUAAAUCAAUCAGUAAUUGAAGACUAAUAU